AUGGACACUGCUCCGGUGCCCGAGGGCUCCGGGCCGGGGGGGGUUUCGGAGGGGGACCGACUCCACGACGGUGGUGCUGUAAAAAAGUCAGCGAGGAGCGAACAGGGGGCCCGGACGAAGCCGGCUAGGCCACCUAAAUCGGUUAAGUCGGCGUCGGGAAGCCUACGCAAGGCCACCACUAUCAAAAACGCCCAAACCACCGCGAGGCGCAACCAGGCAGACCUUGCCCGAGGCGACUCGAGGUCAGCGCUGGAGACAUUGGCCGACCCUGCCUCCCUCCACCCGAUCAUUAAAAUCAUCAAAACCAGGCUGUCCGACCUGGAAAAAAGGGGUCGCGAGGUACAGUGGUUUUGGGUGAAGGCACACGCGGGACUGCCCGGAAACGAGAGGGCUGAUGAACUGGCCAAGGAUCGUUCCUUGUCCAGUUCAUCAGCCCUCCUCCCCCUCAAGGACAAGAGGGCCCCGCUAUACACAGACUUUCCGGUGUCAAUGGCGAGGCGUCUCAUCAGGUCGUCCACACUAGAGGAAUGGCAGAAAAGGUAUGAUGCGGCCACUACAGGAGGAACCACGAAGUUGUUCUUCAGGAGCGCACUGGAGGCCUACAAAGCCUUCAGAGACUACAACCACAAUAAUGUACUCACGCAACUACUUACAGAUCACGGCGGCAUUAGGGCCUACCUAUAUAGGUUUAAACUCGCGGAGACGCCGGGAUGCGUAUGCGACGGUGUUACAGAUGAGACAGUGGAACACAUCAUGAGGCACUGCCCCAGGUUUGCGUCCCGGCGCCAGGACUGUGAGCAGGAACUGGGGGCCAGCCUCAGCGAGUGCGACCUGGCGGCAGCCAUGGAACGUAAAGAGACAAGAGAGAUACUCCUGAAAUACGGCACAAAAGUAAUAAGUAUCACAGGACGAGCAAACGGCUCGAGAGCUUAG